CAUGGUUGGCCACCCUGGUUCCUGUUUUCUAAUAACGAUCAUAACAAUCUCAUCUAUUAUUAACCAGCUAUAACUAUGUCUCAGCCUAGAGGAACGAUACAGAAACAAAUCCAGAAUGAUUGGGCAAAUAGGGAGUACAUCGAAAUCAUAACAGUGAGCAUCAAGAAGAUUACGGAUUUUUUGAAUUCCUUUGAUCUAUCUUGUCGGUCAAAAUUGGCCACAUUAAAUGAAAAACUUACUACACUGGAGCGAAAGAUAGAUUACCUUGAAGCAUGUGUGACAAAAGGAGAGACCUAUACUUAGAUAUUACUAGUCCCUUAUUUAUUUAUAUCAACUUUUUAAUAAAUUUAUUAUAAACUC